CUUCAAUCACCGCCACACAUCCUACAUAUCACCCUUUAAUCUUUUCAUACACAUCACAUAUCCGUCAAAAUGGGCAAGGACAGCUUCGCACCUGGUGACAGCAAGAAGGGUGCCAACCUCUUCAAGACCCGUUGCGCCCAGUGCCACAACUUGAAGGAGGGUGAGGGCAACAAGAUUGGUCCCAACCUUCACGGUCUUUUCGGUCGCAAGACUGGUGAGGUCGAGGGCUUCGCCUACUCCGAUGCCAACAAGCAGAAGGGCAUCACCUGGAACAACGACACUCUCUUCGAGUACCUCGAGAACCCCAAGAAGUACAUCCCCGGUACCAAGAUGGCCUUCGGUGGCUUGAAGAAGGCCAAGGACCGCAACGACUUGAUCACCUUCCUCUCCGAGGAGACCAAGUAGAGCACGACGACGACGAUGAUACCUCCACCUUGUACCAAUACCACUUUUAGAGCGCAAAAUUAGACCUGGUUGAUGGGUUGUCUCAGCAUGGCGAUGCAAAGCGUGGUGGACUUUUGAUCCACACUUGCAUGGGGUCUCGAAGGCUGAGGCCUGUAUAAUGAAUCUUUCCUCUUCUCUCAC